CUACAGCAACUGCUGAAGUUAUAAUUCUAUUGACACUACUAUUGAGCUGUAAAAUAUCUACGAUAAGUAGAGUAACACAGACACAACAUUUUUUUUUUUGGGACGCUUCACGGCGGGUUGAUUAGAAAAAAAAAAGAGAGAGGGCUUCAACGGCCUUUGAUUUUGGUUUUCUGGCUCAACGCCGCGCUGUCUCUCCAAAACAGCCUGGUGUAUUGUAGGGUUAAAGCUUGGAUGAUAGAGACGCUUGAUUUUCUCUUACAAUGACUACACGAAGAAAUGGCAUUUCCAGGAUUCAGCGGGGUGAGAGUUUUCGCGGUGAAGGCCCUAACUGGAUCCUUAUUGCUGGGGGUGCCUUGUUGAGUACAUUGUCUAUUCGCUUUGGCUACAAAUUAAAGCAGUCCAUUGAUUCCAAACCUCAUUUGAAUGCCACUGGUGGAUUAAAACCCAAUGGAACAACAUCUGACAGAGGAAGAUCUCGAGGAUGCUGCUUGCAUUCUAAUGCAUCUCCCUGUGAAAGGAGUAAUGAUUGCUGCUUCCACUCCACUCCCGGAACUGAGAAUGGGGAUGGUAAUCAUGCUACAAACGAGCAAAUGGCGGUGUCCAGUACCACGCUGCCUCUUGUGACGGUUCCUACUCCAACAUAUAGCAAAGAGAAUGGAGUCAUGUGGGGAUCUUCUCCUGAUCUCCGGGAAGUGCCCAUGAAACCAUACCAUCACCAGUCAACCUGCUCAGAUUCUCCUUGUGUAUCUGAAUCCGGCUCAGACAUCUUCAGCAAGCGAGAAGUAAUACAGAAACUGAGGCAACAGCUGAAGAGACGUGACGACAUGAUCCUUGAAAUGCAAGAACAGAUCUUAGAGUUGCAAAACUCGCUUAACUCGCAGACGGGACAUUCUAGCCAUGUACAAACACAGCUAGACGCAACAAACAGGGAUCUGUUUGAAUCAGAAAGAGAAGUUCAGAGACUGAGAAAGGCAAUCGCUGACCACUGCGUGGGUAGCAAUAAUGGUUGGAGUGGUGAUGUGAACGGGUUUAUGGACAGUGAAAACAGCUACGAGUCACCAGAAAAAGGAUCAAAGGAUGGAGAAAGGAUAGAGAUGUUGAAAAAGGAAGUGGGUGAGCUAAAAGAAGUGAUAGAAGGGAAGGAUUAUCUAAUUAGAAGCUAUAAAGAGCAGAAGAUUGAGCUUACGCAGAAGAUAAAAGAGUUGCAACAGAGAUUGGAUUCACAGCUCCCAAACAUGUUGUAGGUUGGAAAGGUUAGGCAUUGUGCAUUCUUUAUAACUACUACUCCUUUCUUUUCUCGAGAAAAAAAAAGGAAAUAUGAACUCUCCGAAGAAAAGCUCUCUUUUGAUUAGAUUGUUUUAGCUUUGGGCUUUGAAUCUCUCCUUUUGUUUUUUUUUUCUCUCCUGGUGGGUGAAGUGAAGAUUGGAAAUCUGAAAAACUCAAUACGAAUGUCGUGUCUCAAGUCUCAAGGCAUAUAAAAGUUGGGUGAAAUGUGGACUAUCAGUUAGAAGUUC